AUGGAGAACAAAUCAAUCCUCAUAGUUUUAGCUCUUUUUUUAUGCAGCAUCACAAUUCCAGUGCAUUCUGAAUACCAUUCAGAAAGAAGCAUACACAGUCUUCAUCUAAAGGAAAAAGUAACACAGCUUCAUUUCUACCUUUUCGACAUUCUAAGUGGAAACAAACCAUCAGCAGUACAAAUUGCACAACCAAACACAACCAUUGGAUCAAAAUCAGCAGUCCCAUUUGGUCACUUAUAUGCAUUUGAUGAUCCCUUAAGAGAGGGUCCAAAUGCCAGUUCAAAAGUGAUUGGAAAUGCACAAGGACUUUAUUUAUCUUCGAGUCAACAAAGUGAAAAUUUUACGAUUGUUAUGUACGCUGAUAUUGCUUUUACGACAGGGAAAUUUAAAGGUAGUUCGAUUAGUGUUUUUUCGAGGAAUCCUGUUACUGAACCGGUUCGUGAAUUGGCUGUUGUUGGCGGAAGAGGUAAAUUUAGAAUGGCUAGAGGUUUUGUUCAUGUUAAGAGUCAUUAUAUUGAUUACAAAACUGGUGAUGCCAUUCUAGAUUAUCAUGUUACUGUGCUUCAUUACCAUUAG